GGCAAAGUGAGUUGCGAGCAGAAGAGGUUGACGAAACCUACCUCGCCAUUGCUUGACUUUCGAAACAACAGUAAGACAUGGAGCAGGACCUGGCCUGCGGCGUGUGCUCGGAGCUGUACCUGGAGGGCCAGCGGGAGCCCGUGCUGCUGCCCAACUGCGGCCACACCUUCUGCCGCCGCUGCCUCCUCAGCCUCGAGAGGAACGGCUGCCUGGAGUGCCCCUUCUGCAGGAGACUCAACGACGACGUGCCGGUGCUGCAGCUUCCGGUGGUGUUCGCUCUGCUCGGCCUCAGCAGGCACUUCCGGCGCUCGAAGCACGGCCCCUGCGGCGCCCAUGGCUCCGCCCUGGAGUUCUGGUGCCGCAGGUGCCAGUCCGGCCUGUGCGGGCGCUGCCUGUUCGAGGGCCACGACCUGCGCCACGUCGUCCUGAUGGAGGCGAUCAUCGAGGAGAAGAGGGCGCUCGUGCAGCGGCGAGGCCUGCAGAGGCUCGGCCGCCUCGACGCCAAGAAGGGCGAGGCGAUGGGCGGGCUGAGCGAGGGGCUGCUCCGCCUGGCCGCCUCGUGCCUGGAGGCCGAGACUCUGCGCGCCGCGGAGCGAGUCACCAAACAGGCCAUGGACGACGCCCGGAGCGCCCUCGACGUGGACUCAGUCCUGGACUGCCUUCAGCGCCUGGAGCAGCGCCACGAGGGCAGGAAUGACUCACCGUGCGCUGCCGGGAGGCAGAGCGAAGACUCCGUCUUGCAAGGCGGAGAGGAACGGAAGUCGGAGCGAGUCGAGCAUGGCAGCACAUCAGUUCGAAGAGGGGUUCGAAGGUUCUACAGGAACAGCAGAUCCAUUUCUCUGGACGACCGGCAAAGCCUCAAGAUCUUCAACACAAUGCCAUGCGACGCGGCCACAGCGCUGAGCGGCGGCCAGGACCAGUGGGCGGAGGCGGACGAAUGUAGGAGAAGCCUGAACAGAACGAGCAACACUCCUGCGAACGAAGAGGCGAUUCCACUAGCCACUGAUUCGGCUCCGGAAGAAGAGGAGGAGGCUACGAGAUCUUCAUCGCCGUCCGCGGCUGCAUCAGAUCCCGCGGCAGACGCGCCGACGCCGGCCUUGAGAUGCUUCGUCCUCAGUGACGAUGGGCGUCAGGCGAGGCUGAGGUGGGAAGGCGGAAGGCUGCACAUGUACGCUCUUUCGUCGCGCUGCGAGAAGCCUCAACUCACGCUGCAGCUGUCUGUCGUGGAGUCCGUCCUGCAGGAGUCGCCCGAAGUGUUCCUUGACCUAAGCGCUGAGGGGCGUCGCCUCGGCCGCGUCUACAUCCAGCUCUGGGGCCACCUCCGCCGGGCUCGCCACUUCCUGGCCCUGUGCCUGGCCUCGCUCGGCCCGUCCUUCAGGGGCUCCAAGUUCAGCAAGGUGGAGAGCAAGGACAAGGCCGGGGAGUGCCUCCGCGUCAGCCACUACCUGAGCGCGGAGGGCACGAUGAGCGCCAUGGGCCUGAUGGAGGGCCUCGAGUGGGGCGGGGACCACUGCCUGCCGAAGAGGGCCGGGCUGGUGGUGGCGGCCAGCGGGGGGAAGCUGGAGUACGACGGCUGCUUCGACAUCUGCACGCGAGACCACCCGGCCAAGAAGUUCUCGUGCCCCUUCGGAGAGGUGGCGGGAGGCGCGGAGGGCAUGGAGGUGGUGAGGGAGGCCGCCAGACACGAGCCCGUGACGGAGGUCUUCAUCAGCGAGGUCGGGGUCGUCCUCACGAGCCAGCAGCGCUGCGAACACGUGUGACUCCGCCUUCCUGCUCAGCCACACACGCCUCCGACUGGAGAAGAUGGAGCGGAAUACACGCACAUGAGCUUUAAUGCUUGCGCACGAGAGAGGACUGAGGAAGAGCAGACCCAUGCAAAAAGGAAAGGAAAUCAGAAGAAUGAAAUGAUACGGGAGACACAAAAUCAGCCAUUCGCAAAAUGUUGAUCUAAAGGAAGUUCAGUCCUUCGUAGCAAGCUUCGUCACCAUUCUGAUCUCCCCCAAAGUAACCCAAGUGGACUGACCUUUGAUAAGAGGUCGGCUUGAUGGCCAACGUCCGGCCUCACUUUACAGUCAUGUCGAAACAGACAUAUGGCAUUCCUUUGUUCUCAUCGUCCGCUCGAAAGUAAAGGCUGUUUGUAUACAUAUAUAUGAUUCACUGUGGCGUCGUAUAUUAACAUUUAAUAUUGUUAUUACGCUUUGUAUAUUAAUCUUCAUUAUUAUGUUAUUGUUUUUGUAUAAUAUCUUUUGCGCGAUAACGUCACGAAAGUAAUCGAGGCAUUUCCUUUUU